AUGUCCAUGAGUGCGAACACCAUGAUCUUCAUGAUUCUGGGGGCGUCGAUCGUGAUGGCCAUCGCGUGCUUGAUGGACAUGAACGCGCUGCUGGACCGAUUCCAUAACUACAUCCUCCCGCACCUGCGGGGCGAGGACCGCGUCUGCCACUGCAACUGUGGCCGGCACCACAUCCACUACGUGAUCCCGUACGACGGGGACCAGUCGGUGGUGGACGCAUCUGAGAACUACUUUGUGACAGACAAUGUGACCAAGCAGGAGAUCGACCUUAUGCUGGGGCUGCUUCUGGGCUUCUGCAUCAGCUGGUUCCUGGUGUGGAUGGAUGGUGUCCUGCACUGUGCCGUGCGCGCCUGGAGGGCUGGUCGGCGCUAUGAUGGCUCGUGGACCUGGCUGCCCAAGCUGUGCAGCCUGCGGGAGCUGGGCCGGCGGCCGCACAGGCCCUUCGAGGAGCCCACAGGGAACAUGGUGCACGUGAAGCAGAAGGUCUACCACAACGGCCACCCCAGCCCACGGCACCUGUGA